AUGGACCCAAAACUUGGCACCGGAGAGGCUCUUCUCGGUAGCUCUGGUGGCCUCUCAGUCGUCACUGACGAAGAAGCCCAGCGGCGAGUUGAUAUCGCCGUUUCUCCAAACGACAAGAAGUGGAUUGACGUACAUCAGGCAUUUCAUCAUCUCCUCACAGUUGGCAAAAUGACGAUCGGGCAAAUCCUUUCUGCAUUCUUUACGCCGCACGAGACUCGCCUGUUCAUGCUAUCCGAGUCGGCCAUCUUGAAAGCUAUACAACAGGACAACACCUGCCGAUUCCACCGAAUCUUGCAAAGCCGGUUCCAAGGCGUUGCUUCGGACAUCCCGACCAAGCUGACGAUGCUGUAUUUUGGACUGCCUGUUGAGCCAGAAGUUCUCUCAUUGACCGAGUCGAAGUCUGACAUAGAAGUUCAGAAGCCAGAGUUGCCACGGAGGGAUGUUGAUCCGCCUUUGCAUUUUCUGACCGCGCAUGAAGAGCGGAAUUGGGGGGAGGAGACGCUACUGGGUCAACAUAACCCGUCAUAUCCUGUGAGACAACUCCAGCGGUUCUCGAAGGGACGCUCAGUCCUUAGGGAAGGGCAGCUAGGAGAUGGUCAGCCGAUUGUACACCUCAGAGGAGGUGGAAGAGAUGACGACAGCGACUGGGCUGAUGACAACUUCAGCGGUCUAAGCUCCAACGAAAGUGAUGGAGAUGACGAUGAAGACGUCCGCGAUGCAGUUUCCACACUGAAGUACCAGCCUGAACGGAUUGGACUUGGCGACAACGCAGGAUCUGAAGACGUCAAUAUGCAAGAGACGGGCAGUGGUGAAGACAUCUCCUCAGACAACAAAACGGCCCCUCAAAGCGGACGCUGGAUCAACCUCUAUGGAUAUCAGGGACGGGUGCCCUUCAUCCCAGGAGACCGGCAGACGUACGAGGAUGCCAUCAGAAGAUUGCUUUCUCUGGGGCCUCAAGAUUGUGCAAAGUUCUCGAUCGUGCAUUUCGACGAAAAGGCGAACACCAUCGACACGAUCCAUGACACCAUCCCUCUGAAGCGCGAUAGCACAACACUGCAUUUUAUCUCCGAGAAAGCCUCCAGAGGAAGAAAGCCACCUCCAAGCAGUCGCUACGCGUUCUUCAUCAAACUUGAACAGGAGGCAGUCCCCGGCCAUUGGCAUCCCAGCGAGGAGCAGCUCAACACCACUGUCUCUUGUGUUCUGUACACUCCUGAAGGGGAACGUUUCCAAUCAACAGGUGCUCCCGCUUCGUGUUGCUAUUUGACUUUUCCGAAGUUUCAGGGCUCUCGGCCAUCUCAGGAAGCAGUACGUGAAUGGGGUGCUGACCAGUGCAACGAGUACUUGAGAACCGCCUUCCAGGUUCUGCUGGGCCAACCAAAGAACAUCUUUCACCAUGCAUUCUUUCAGCUUGGUCAAUGCGACUCUGACUUUGUCACUGCACUUCCCAGCUAUGGGCUCUGUGCAAUCAGCUCUUCCGAUGUUUUGUCGCUGAUGCCCGCUGGCGAUGGGACGCUCUCCAGCUUGAGAUGCAACAAGCUUGGCGAUGGUGAGAUUGCCUUUGUGCUGCCUGGUUUUGGUUUCACCAGCAGCGUACCGGUUGACGGGAGCGGUAAAGAUGCUGUCACCAACCUGCUGUCGUUUAUUCGACAAAUGAUCUCUUCCGCCUUCGGCGACAGCGUCAAGCACCUCAAAUACGUGCGCUUGCUCGAUGGUCGCGCAACACUGGGCCACCAGAUCAACAUGAACCAGGAAUAUUAUUCCAUCCGAAUGUCUGACGAUCUGCCUCAAAAAUCCGAGAUCAGCCUCGCUUCAGCAUUGUCCAAGUUUGUCGCUGCAGGCAACCCCUUUGUUCUUUUGCAUCCAGAGUGGGAGCAGGACCAGAGCUUCCUUUCUACAACGGGAGACGACGGAGCCGAGCAUCGUGUGCGCAUGCCUCCCUUGUCUUCAUCUCUUGAUGAUCUGCGGCGUUCUGUGACUGAUCUACUGCCUCUUGCUGGGCUUGAUCACAAAUGUCGCGAGCCGCUGCAUGCUGGUGACGCCUUCAUCAGCAUCCAACCCAAGCUCGACUAUGAGCCUGCAAAUGCCAAGUUUGACGCGCCCUGUUUCUUCAUUGGCUCAGAAGCUACAAAUGAACAAUGGUUUAGCAUUCGCGCGAGGAUAGCCACUUCAGUGGCCAACAUCAAGAUUCACGACUCACAGACAAUCGACUGGCGGGCUCAGGUCGACGCGACAUGUGUCUGGGGCCCACGAUAUGGUUCCAUCGCUGGCGUCAAAUCUGCGGCCGAAAAUACGGCGAAGGAGACGGCAAACAGGGAGGCUCCUGUCCAGGAGAAUGCCAAUGAACUGCUUGAAAACCCAGUACGAAAUACGGGCGUCAGUUCGGCCACUUCAGGAGGCCCGCAGCCUUCUCGUGGAGACGAACGGCCCACGAGAAUCACCCAGGCCGACCCAACUACACGUCCUCGGAGUUCUGAAGCCGCAGCGGGUACCAGCAGGUUGCGGCAAAUGGCGUGGGCCGCGCAGCCCAGCAUUUUCGACAACGACGGACGGCCACGGCUGGCCAACUCUGGCAUUCAGCUUCCGACAUAUGCGCCCCCUAUUGAACACAUGCUCCGUAUUGGCCCCAGGAUGCCGAUGAUAUCGAAGGCUAUCCUGACGCCCACUGAGCAAGGGGAGCUGCAGCGCAUCGCCUGGGAUCUGCGUGGCCUGUGCCUGAAGCGCACCAUGAGAUGCCCCUACGACGGUUGCCGAUUCGCCUACCGAACUGACAACCAGCAAGCCGUGGUCAAACAUAUGGAAGCUUCCCACACCGGCAGAAAGUGUAUGUGGUGCAACGAUGUCAUGCCGGGUCAUUGGAACGCAGGAAAGGUUCACCGUCAUAUGAGGGAGAAGCAUAGGGAUAUGCUCAUGGAGGCACUCGGUGUGAACAAGGCCACGAUUCGGCGAUUUGACGGCCAAGGAACCAUCUCCAUACCCCUGAAAAAGGUGAAGAUGUGUGGGAAAGCUUCGCCAACGAAGCCGGCAUCUGAUGCAAUGGAUGUCGAAGGGUUCAAAAACACGACCACCCAGGCAGACUGGAAUCGGAACGCAGCUCAUAUGGCUGCGUGUUGUGGAGAGAAGAGCGCCUCGUCUCUCCUGGAAAAGGCCGAGGUUGCUGCGUACCGCCAGCAACAGAGAGACCUUCGAAUGCAGAUCGCUGAAGCCGGCUUCGGCCCCAUUGAGGGGGAGCAUGGUCCGGAAGACAUGGACCUCGAUGAUGCUCAUGGGCUACCCAAACAACCAAAGCCUACGGAAAGUCCCGAGGAGGGAGGGCGAGUUCGUCCUACGGCGGACCAGCUGGAGGAUGAGUUCAGCAGGUCAUCGAGGGCAGAAAUAGGAGCUGCGGGUGAUGGUCUCAAAGCGCCCUUGAUUACUGAUUCUGGUCCGAAUGCCCCUGGCUAUGACCAGAGGACUCUCCGGGAUAUCCUCCUCAAGCAGAUGCCCAGAAGCCCAUUGGAUGACCACACGACGUCUGCGUACAACGUCCCCAAUAUCGACACCCCUGAUCGGCCCUCGAGCCGAUCAUCAAGCCCAGAUCCAUUGGCAAAAAAGGGUGAGAAGAACAACAACGAGCCUCAGAUCCAGCAAGAGACUCAACACUUUGAACUCGAAGAUGAGUCUGUAGAUUCAGACUCUGGUCCGGAUGGUGGAUCUGAGUUCGAAGAAGAAGACGGACCAGUUGAACGUGAGUCGGACGAAGAAUCAAACAGCGACCUCCAAGGCAAUCCUUCAAGCGCAAAACGCCGCAAGCCAAGAGGCAGACAGCGAGGAAGGCAGGGCGACCGCGACUACAAGUACGAAGCCGAUGAAGACGACGAAGAAGAUAGCGAGAGUGACCUGGAUGGACAGCGAACCAGGCCGCCUCGACGUGAUCCAUCCCCGAACUGGCACAGGGUGCUUGGACCCGAUGACCCUGAAUUCGAGCCGACUGAUGAGUAUUACUGCUCAAAAUGCUUCCGCAAGGCUCCCAAGAAGCACAAUAGGGACAGGUCGCCACUGGGAAGGGCCAAGGAAAUCGAGCUUCACUACGAUUCCGCCCGCUGCUGCGGAAUCCGCCGUGGCAUAGGAACGGUCAAACGCCUCCCCAACCGCAGCGGCUGGAUCCCCGCCGCCAUCAUGCCCAAGCCCCUGAGCAACCUCCGCAAGCAGUUCCUCCGGCGAUACCCAUCCUACGCUCGCACCCUGUACCCCCUCAACGCGACCAACGCCAACGGCACCUACUGGCGCUCCGACCCCAACAACGACGACAACCAAGGCUGGUGGUCCAUCCCCUGGCCGCCGUUCAGGGGCCCCUCUCCUCUGCCCAACGGCUGGGUUGCCCCCGAUGUCGCGGAUGCUCCUGUCGCUGGGAAGGCCCGUUCGCAGUUCCAGCUGAAGCCAGUGGCGGAUCCGACGUAUCGCGAGGGAAAGGGCAAUGCCUUGGACUCUGAUGACGAAGACGACGAUGAGGUUGAGUCGGACAGGGACACGAAUGGAAAGAGGAAGAGGAAGAGCAGGCCUUCCUCUGCCCUGACAAGCAAAAAGACUGCCCCCACACUUCCUAAAAAAGCCCAGAAGCCUGCCCUCAAGAAGGUGGACAAGAUGAGUCCUCAGAGGCCAUUGAAGAGGAGGAAGACGCCCAUUCUGCAGAAAAUCCUGAAAGCGAACACUGCGGCAUCGAAAAAGGUGAUCAAGAAGACGAAGAAGAAGGACACGGAAAAGGUGGCGGCGGUGAGACGAUCGAUGAGGAAACGCCAAAAGACGGGAUAG